UCUGGAUGGAGGGUGCAAUUGUGGGUUACUAGGUGUGAGCGAGCGAGUGAUUUUACAAUAAAAUACACCUAAGGACUGCGAUGAAAAGGCGUGCUAUGUGAAUUUGGAAGCGGUGCAAUCGUCUGUUGAUUUGGAGCUGUGGUGUAUAUCUCAUUGCUGAUAGGAAAUCGCGAAAGAAAAUGACAAGAUUAAGACUUGUGUUUUCAACAUUACGAAUUGUUGUGUUGAUUUUCCUGCUGCUGUCAUGCUGCCCUGCCCCGCUUGCUGCUGGCGAGUUUGACCCUUAUGCAGUGUUAGGGAUCGGAAAGAGUGCCACUCAAGCUGAAGUUAAGAAGGUUUACAAGAAACUUGCUCGAGAAUGGCAUCCAGAUAAGAACAAAAGCCCUGGAGCACAGGAUAUGUUUAUUAAAAUUACUAAAUCUUAUGAGCUUCUGUCGAAUGAAGAGAAGAGAGCUAACUAUGAGCGGUAUGGAGAAAGCGCUGGAGAGCAAGACUAUGCACAGCAGCGGCAGCAGUUUCAGCACUUCCACGACAGCUUUUACUUUGACGAAUCUUUCUUUCAUUACCAGUUCAACAAAGGGAGCAGAGACUUUGCAGACAAUAAGUACACGAUUCAUUUCUCUCAGUACAUGAACGACAUUGUCCCGGACAGCUUUAAAAGGCCAUACCUUAUUAAGAUUACCUCGGACUGGUGUUUCAGCUGCAUUCACAUUGAGCCUGUGUGGAAAGAGGUUGUCCUGGAGCUCGAAGCCCUGGGUGUGGGGAUUGGUGUAGUGGAUGUGGGAUAUGAACGUCGCCUGGCAAACCACCUCGGAGCACACCGCACACCCUCUAUUCUUGGACUCAUCAAUGGGAAAGUUACAUUCUUUCAUUAUGCUGUGGUGAGGGAACAUCUGCGGCAGUUUGUGGAGAACCUGCUUCCAACAAGGCUUGUGGAGAAGGUCACCGAUAAGAACUAUAUGCAGUUCUUGAAUAGCUGGCAUGAAGAAAACAAACCCCACGUGCUGCUGUUUGAUCAAGUGCCUGUUGUACCUCUCUUAUAUAAGCUGACAGCUUUUGCCUAUAAAGAUUAUGUCCGGUUUGGAUACGUCAACCAGGGUCUGUUUGAAACGGAGACUUUGAUCCAGCAGUACAAGAUCAACACAUACGCUCCCACCAUGUUACUCUUCAAGGAGCGCACGGACAAGCCUGCUGACAUCAUCCAGGCUAGAGGCAUGAAGAAGCAAAUCAUUGAUGAGUUUGUUUCUAACAAUAAGUUCCUCUUGGUUCCCCGACUUGUAAACCAGAAGCUCUUCGAGGAGCUGUGCCCAGUGAAGCAGUUCCAUCGGCGGAGAAAGUAUUGUGUCCUGUUGGUAACAAGUGGAGAGGACUCCUUUAACAAUGGAAUAGAGGAAUUCCUCUCGUUUGCUGCUUCUAACACCAAAGAGAUUUUUAGGUUUGCCUAUGUCUAUCAGAAACAGCAACAAGCCUUGUGUGAUGUGUUGCUGAAGGACAAAGAGAGCGUCCCAUCUCAGGUUUUAAUUCUGGAGAGGCGCAACACAGCAGGAAAAGUGAGCUAUAAAUCAGUGCCGGGCGGGUGGAAUGGAAGUGAAGAAGAGAAGUCUCAGCUCCAGGAACAGCUGGAGCUGCUGCAGAAGGACUCUGCUUUCCUCACCAGCGUUGCUGUACUUCCAGAGCUCAACAACGAGUUUGCUUCUAUGUUUCUUCUGCAGUGGAUCUAUGCUGCGUAUGACUAUGUCUCCCAGAUUGGUGAUGAUUUACUGCACAACAACUGGCGUGAAAUGAUGCCUCUCCUGUCCUUGAUCUUCUCUGCACUCUUCAUCUUGUUUGGAACAGUUGUUAUUCAGGCUUUCAGUGACUCGAGUGACGAAAAACAAACCAAGCCAAAGACAAAAGACGAGCCGCAAAAUAAUUCUGAGAAUGGCUCCCCCAACGCAAACACAUCCAGCAGGGCUCCAAAGAAAAGCUUUGUGGAGGUGACGGAGCUGACGGAUAUUACCUACACCAGCAACCUGCUUCGUCUGAGGCCGGGCCACAUGAAUGUCGUGCUCGUUCUCACCGAUGCUACCAAGAACGCUCUGCUCAGCAAGUUUGCAAAGGAAGUCUACUCCUUUACUGGGAGCCUCACCUUGCACUUCUCCUUUCUGAACCUGGACAAACACAGCGAGUGGAUGGAGUCCCUUCUGGAGUUCGCUCAGGACGCUGUGCAAAUCGACAGCGACGAGGACGACAGCCAGCACAAAGCGGACUACACGGGAUACGUGUUGGCUUUGAAUGGACACAAGAAGUACCUGUGCUUAUUCAAACCCGUGUACACUGGGGAGGACCUCCACAAGGACGGCAGCACCAGAGCCUCUUCAUCCUCCAGAGACGAAGCAGCGACUCGCAAGAAAACGGCUUCAUCCAGUCUGCAGAUCCACCACAAACUAGACAGGCUGGGCUUGUGGAUGGAGAGGCUACUGGAGGGAACAUUACCCAGAUACUAUAUCCCAUCCUGGCCGGGACUGGACAAAAUGACUACAUCCAAAUAAACAUAGCAAUGAUUUCCAUUCGCUCAAUAAUACCUGUUCUGCUUACCCGACUAGGAGAAAGCACUGCAUUUCUGACUCCACUCCAUUUUAUUGUUUAGCUAAAAAGUGUACUUGUAAAUAGCUGGCAUUGCAUUGUCUGUGUGUGUUGGGGAGCUGCACCAGGGGUCAUUGUGUUCUCAUGGUUUCUCUAGCAAGCUCACUGUUGCAACCCUCCUUGAGUAGGGUGGCGAUAUUCACAAAGAAUAUCCAAGCCAGUCAUGUUGUAAGUGUUGAAUAUUGAGAAUAAGCAGCAAGGUUUUAAAUUAAUUGCUAACCUCUUCAGUGGAGGUACAAUAGUCUCCAUUAUGGAUUUGUUGUUUGUUUUAUUUGUUUUCCUGAAUUUUUCACUUGAACUCAGCUGAAGCCUGUGUGAGCAUGUGGCUUCUAGUCUUCAUUUGUAUGCAUUCAUAGUAAAAGGAACCCACGGCUUCCUGUGUGCAGUUUAGGGGAGGAUCCCUUUUUUGUAACACAAAAGUGCAGGAGACGUGGCUUCACCGAGUCGAAGUGAAUAGCACAGGGAGCGAGCGUGUUCUAAUCUUACUCCAUUGAUGUUUCUGAAAAAGGAGUGGGCGAUCAUGCUCCAUUCAUACAUAAUGUUUUAAUUUACCAACCCCACAAUGGCUGAGGGUUUUACUUCUUGCUAGUUGACCAACCCUCUGGGGUAAAUUUAAAUAAAAUAGUUCACAGUCACAGGAAAUUGUUUUAACCAGAAAUGUACAAUUAUUUCCAAACUCAAACUCCAGACAAGAUUAUAUUUUAAACAAAUUUAGCUUAAAGUUGGUUUAAAAUACAAAUCUCCAUCAGGAACUGGAGUAUUGUAAAGCUUAUAAGAAUCAUCUUAGGCAUGACUGUUAAUGAAAAGCUGCAAAAGGUGUUUUUUUCAUUUCAGUAAUUCAGUUGAAUCCCACCAAUGGUACCC